CAUCAAGAUCAAGAUCAAGAUCAGCUAUGAUUUCACGUGUACCUGUCUUGCGAUUUGUAGAGCGUCCAUGGUCCUUUUUAUACCCAAGACGAUGUAUGCAACGUUCUGCCUUAAAUAACAGUGUUUGGCUUUUAGGCAAUGCUGGUGUAACGACAACGCGUGUGUUCACUAGGUCGCUGAAGAUUAAAAGGAGCUCAGAUUAUAUGACAGUGACCAACAAAGGGAGGUCAAGCGUAAAGACUCACACGUGUGGUGAACUUCGUGACAGCCAUGAGGGACAACAAGUCAUUCUGCGGGGUUACUUGCAGUACCAGCGGAUGGGAAAAUUUGCCAUUAUUAGGGAUGCAUUUGGAAAAACUCAAGUGAUAAUCCGGGAAGAAGACAUCCAUCUUCAGAAGGAAAUUAUCAAUACAAAUUUUGAGUCUUAUGUGGAGGUGACUGGUGUUGUCCAUCUCAGGCCUGUUUAUCAAAUCAAUAAGAGUAUGAGCACUGGAGAAGUUGAAGUCUUAGCAACAACAUACCAAGUUCUCAACCAAGCACGCUCUGAUCUUCCAUUUCUUAUACGAGACUACAGUAAGCCAAAGGAGCCAUUGCGGUUGAAAUUUCGUUACCUUGAUUUACGUCACAGUGAACUACAAGCAAACUUAAGAUUAAAGUCUCAGGUGGCCAAAAAAAUGCGAGAUUUUCUGCAAGACAAAGAAGGCUUUGUUGAAAUAACCACUCCAACACUUUCCAUCAACACUCCUGGAGGAGCUCAAGAGUUUGUGGUUCCAAGUAGACAUCCAGGGAAAUUUUACUCUUUAGUUCAGAGUCCUCAAACUUACAAGCAGUUGGCAAUGAUUGGUGGGUUUGACAGAUAUUUUCAGUUUGCUGUUUGCUACAGAGAUGAAGGAGCCAAGCCAGAUAGGCAACCUGAGUUUUUGCAGCUAGAUAUAGAAAUGAGUGAUGUAACAAUUGAAGAUGUGAAGCAGUUAGUAGAAGACCUGGUGAUCUAUGCCUGGCCACCUCACCUACCACCCAUUUCUUCUCCCUUUCCUAGUAUAACAUAUUCUGAGGCUCUGACUUUAUAUGGAACAGAUAAACCAGAUACUAGGUUUGAUUGGAAGCUACAAGAUGUCACACACCUCCUUAAAAAUUGUGGAGCCUCAGUCCUGGAAAAUGCUGUGCUGAUGUCUGGGAACUCUGCUUAUUCCUUUAUCAUUCCUCAAGGACAGGAUUAUAUAAACAGGAAGGUUGUGUCAGCAUGGGAAGAUGUGGCCCAAAAGGAACACAGUGAAGCAGGACUGUCAGUGUUUAAAGUGGACAGUAAUCUAAUGCUGAAGGGACCUAAUGCAAAAAAAAUUUUUCCUGAUCGUCAGACUCAGUUAUCUAAAACUCUUGAAACACAAGUUGGAGAUAUAAUGGUUCUUGCUGCUGGAUGCACAAAUAGUGUGCUUGGGUUACUUGGUAAGUUACGACUACAAGCUGCCAAUGUGCUGGAGAAGGCAGGAAUUCAUGUCCGAAAUCCAUGUAGCUUCAACUUCCUGUGGGUUGUUGAUUUUCCUCUUUUUGAAUAUGAGCCUGACAGUGGAAAGAUCAUGGCUGUCCACCAUCCCUUCACUCUGCCAAGAAAAGAUGAUGUGGAUUAUCUUUACACUGAUCCUUUAAAAGCUAGAUCACAGCACUAUGAUUUAGUAUUGAAUGGAUGUGAAGUUGGUGGAGGCUCAAUUCGCAUCCAUGACCCAAGCAUGCAGCGCUACGUCCUUCAGAAAAUCUUGGGGAUUGGAGAGAAGAGUCUAGGAUUCCUGAAUGAAGCCUUAGAUAGUGGGGCUCCUCCUCAUGGGGGCAUUGCCUUAGGUUUUGAUCGCUAUAUUGCUGAGUUGUGUGGCAGUAACAGCAUACGGGAUGUUAUUGCAUUCCCCAAGUCUAUAGAGGGUCGAUGUCUGAUGUCUGGAGCUCCAGGAGAUAUUACAGAAGAAGAAAAACAACUUUAUAAUUUAAUUGUAAAAAGUAAUUCUGUUAAGAAAGAUUUUUAAAAAUACUGCUUCAUACAGUAGCAGACACCCAAAGAUCAUGAAAGAAUAAGAAUAGAUAUGUUAUAUUCACUGUGAUCCUACGCAGGUUGGUUUUAUUACAUGUAUGCAUAGGUAAGCAUUAUUGCAGUAACAAUAUCAGGUUUUUGGUCACCUGGUAAUUGGUUUUCACGCAUUGUCGAUUCUUCAGUAUUGUGAAUACUUUUGAUUCUAAACUAGUUAUAAUCAAUAAUAUUAGUGUUUGGAACAUGAGUAUGUUAAAGUUUUUGACUGUCAAAAUUAAUUUUAUGUACAUAAUAAUUUCAUUUAAAACCAUACUACUGUACUUUUCAUUAGUGAAGAGACAAAAUAAAUUUGGAAUGUGAA